UUGAAGAAACGAACAUCUUUUUUUGUAGGAGUUGAGGUACAUGAAGUAUGGAUUUCUGGUCUCUUUAAUCCAGUGGUUAGGACAUCUUAAUAGUAGAGGAAGAAAUAUGACCAUGCUUAAGCAGUCAGCUCUCCAUCAUAUGCUUUGAAGGCGCGGAUUAAAAAGAUUAUGCAAGCCGAUGAAGAUGUGGGGAAGAUUGCCAUGGCUGUUCCUCUUUUAGUCUCAAAAGCUCUUGAGCUCUUUCUGCAAGAUCUUUGUGACCGAACAUAUGAGAUCACCCUCAAGAAAGGAGCAAAAACUAUGAAUUCAUUCCAUUUGAAGCAAUGUAUCCAGAGCUUUAAUGUGUUUGAUUUCCUCAAGGAUGUAGUGAGCCGGGUUCCUGAUCUAGGCGGAUCAGAUGGUGGUGCCGAAUCAGCUACAAAAAGAAGGAAAGUUGUUGAAGAAGAUGAUCAUGACAGUGAUGAUGAUAUCAAAAGGAGUAGUCGCAUGCAUGAUACUGCACACACCAGCGGUAGUGGGAGGGGACGAGGCAGGGGUAGGGGUAGAGGCCGUGGGAGAGGUGCACGAGCAGUAGAGCGAGGAGACUCCAAUGUUCACUGUGAUAAAAUUGAAGACCCUGCUGAUGUUUCAAAUCAAAAUAAUGAGAAGCAAAAGCAAAAUGAUGAAAGGAUGGACUAUGUAGCAGAACCAGCAGAAUCAAAGAACAUUUCGGCUGGCAAAUACCCAGAAGUUCCUGCGAGAAACUUCGAUCUCAAUAUUGACUUAAAUGAGAGUGUGGAAUCCACAGCAAUACCAGCUGAAGCUCCUUCAACAUCAAAAAUGGCACCUCCUGAAGUGAAGCAUGAGGAAAUCCCUGGAUGGUCCUUGUCUGAGAUGGAAAAGAUGGCCAUUGAUCCGAUGCAACUGGCCAACUUAAACAGAGGGUUAGAUGAGGAAGAGGAAGAUUAUGAUGAAGAGGGAUAGGGAUAGUUUUUCUAAUGUGUUAGAGCACUUACUAACUCACAUACAAGUAGGCUUUGUUCUAGUCUUGUAGGAAUUAGUUUAAGUGUAAAAGAAAAAGGGUAUAGUUGUCAAUGAAGCUCAGAUUUCUUGGGUUUCUCUAGUUGACUUAGGCACCUGUAUUUAUAGUCUUCUGUAUUAUUCAGCAACAGCAUCUUAGGAGACAUGUAAUUUAUUUCUUCUAAUUCAGAAAUAUAAUCUAGGUUGGAGGGUUGCAUUCA